UCCUUAGUCUUUGCAGUUGCAACCGGUGGUUAACAUCAAACCGAUUAGCGUAAGUUGCGCGCUGCGAUCAAUUUUCGCUUUGGAAAUUGGUUAAAAGUGAUACUUUUUGACUGGGUUUUUACAGUUUUACGUGAAAAAUAUGAAGUGUGUUAAGCUGGUUUUGUUCGUUACUAUUUUCGGCGGCAUAUUCCGGCAUGGCCGUUCGACCUGUGUUUUGGAAUCAGAUUUUGGCAUCAUACUGAACUGUGCUUUUAAGAAAAGUGGACUUUUUCGAGUUAGAAAUCUAGGUGGUGUGAAGGCAAGCAUUGGGCUCGGUUUUAGUGUCGGCGAUGAACUGGGAUUUAAAGAAUCUAUAUCAAAUACGGAAAUAAAUAGAAGGAGGUCUGCACAAGUUUCAAAAAUGCAGGCCCAGUUGAUUCAGGCCACGCAGAAACAACCGGAAGACGAAAAAACCAAGGUUGGAGGCGAAGAAAAGGUUGUUUCCAGUCGGGCAGUUUCAUCACCAGUAGAAUCACUUCACGCAGUUUCCACGGUUGGAGAGGAAGUUCGACGCCUAAGUCAGUCUUCGCCUAAUACGAAUAUACCUCCUUUUAAACCAAUUCCGCCAGCCGCUGAACGGCCAGCCAUAUUUAAACCGUCAGCUCCUCAACCAGCUUUAAUGGGUAUUGCUUUUCCGGCUUUUAAUACUAUGCCUUCCUCUAUCUUUCAAUUUUCCGCAGGUGCACCCAAGUUUCCAGUAGAUCCUUCAAUAUCAAAGGUUAUGGCUGUGGUAGCUAUUCCAAAAAAGAAAGGGUCUCAAACGACUAGUGAUAAAAUAACAAAAGGAUUUAGUGAUCGGUUACUAUCAGUGGCUUAUAAUAACGAUGUAGAUAAACCAGUUUCGCAAUAUUCUUCUAACUCUCUACAAGCUCUUCUUCCUGCUAACAAUUUAACUGAGGAAGCGCUUGAACUUGCUUUACUUCAACGGAAGCAAUUGAAGAGCGAAUCUGCAACUUCCACCAGGAGACCAGUUACUCUGAAACACUCUAGUAGCAUUGGAAAAGUUAUGAAUGCACCGAAAGAGUAUUAUCCAGUGGGAUACGAUAAAAAUUUCGACGAUAAUUUUGCGGCCCGAGUAGAACUGCCUGAGACAUCAUUUUACUGCGAGCAACAGAAACACUUUCCAGGUCUAUAUGCUGAUGAAGAUCUGGGAUGUAUGGUUUUCCAUGUUUGUGCGCUCACAGAUGAUGGUCUUAUAAUGAAGAGCUUUCUGUGUCCAGAAUCAACACUGUAUGACCAGGCAAUUCUUAAGUGCAAUUGGUGGUUUUACGUGGACUGCAAGAACUCGAAGAAGCUUUAUGACUCUAAUAUACCAAUAUCCAAAAGUUAUCAACUAAUGAAGGCUCUGACAUUUUUUUCUGCAUAUAAAAAAGAGUCUGCUUCGACAGUAUCUCCAAAAAAUAGCCAAAAUUGAUAAAUAUGUAUAAUUAAGCGUGUGAGAUAUAUUUUUAAAUUUCCUACCUUGAAAGAUUUAAAAACUUCAAAUAUUACAUUUUUAUUGAAUUUUAUGCCAGGCGCAUCAAACCUAGAUAGGCUAAUUACUACUUUUAACUUUGAAUAGGCAAUUUAAACAUUUAAAAGUUGCAUUAGGUAUCUUUAAACUGCUCAAAGCUUUUAAGGCCAGAUAGAUAAUUCAUUAGAAAUCCAAAUGCAUAUUUCGGAUCCAGAUGCAUUUUUCUUUAGUUAUUUUUUAGUUGAUGUUGAUUUUCCAUUCUAGUCAUAGUGGUAUUGUGGGUCGAUAAUCGUUAUUUAAAAAUAUAUUUAUUUUAUUUUAGGGUAAUUUGGUAUAUGGUAUGAUAACAGGUAGAAUAAAAUAAUUAUCGUACAAUAUCUAAUGGUCAUAUUAAACAUAACGUAAUAAGCGUUCAUCAGAUGAUGGAAAAAUUAUAUGUUCCAUUUAAUAUAGACUAUAACUAGCGUUUAGACUUAACAUUUCUGUGCCAUCUUCAAAAUUUAAGUUGCUGAAAAUAGAAACAUGUGACUUUAUUUUAUAAUUUUUUAAUUUAUCUGAAAAUUUCAGUUUCUUGAAGAGGUUGAAAAUUGUUGUCUGAUAAAUCUAGGUAUGCAUUGUUUAGUAGUAGAUUAAAAACAAGUUCAUAUAGCAUUACUAGAUGCAUUUACUAUGUACAUAUAUAUACCAUCGCCACCUCCAAAAUAUAUAUUUUUUAUUUUAA